GACGCAACGAUUUAUUUUUACUUUAGACUCUCUCUUUCUCUGACCAGAGCGAUGGAACUCAACGGCGAAGCUCGUAUCUCCGGUGAACGUCCCAUCAUCACGGUAUCCAACGACGAUGGAAUAGAUGCGCAUGGUCUUCGUGCUCUCGUUCGCGUCCUUGUCUCCACCAACCUCUACGACGUUCGCGUCUGCGCGCCUGAUUCGGAGAAAUCUGCUGUUAGCCACAGUAUAAUAUGGAGUAGACCUCUCACUGCACAAAGAGUUGAGAUUGAUGGAGCUGAAGCCUACGCUGUCUGUGGAACCCCUGCGAAUGGACUGGGCUUAUCGGAAGCACUCUUCCCUUCUCUUCCUGACUUGGUUCUCAGUGGUAUAAACGUGGGUAGCAACUGUGGAUAUAACAUUUACAUCGCAGGGUCUAUUGCUGGCGCUUGUGAAGCGUUCAUCUAUGAUGUGCCUUCUGCCUCCAUAUAAUCUGUUUCUUCUCUGAAAUGUGGAGAUAUCAAUGUUAAUGAUUUUAUCCUAGUUGCCCAAGCUUGCUUGCCUAUUAUUAACGGCAUAAUCCAUGCGAUCAAGAACAAAACUCACCAAAAAUGCUUUCUGAAUAUCGAUUUGCCCACUGAUAUUGCUAACCAUAAGGGAUACAAAUUAACCACACAAGGCAAAAGCUUGACUAAAAUGGGAUGGAUACAAGUGGAGAAGGAAGCACAAGGGGCGAAGAUGUUGUCUACAAUGUCAAUGGAAACAGAUUCAGGAGUAGUCUCACAACACAACGCCACAUUUGCUCAUCAUCAUUCACAAGAUAGCCAUUUGUUCAAGAGAGAGCUAAGGACUAUGGUGGUUGAAGAAGGGACUGAUCUUCACUUCUUACAAGAAGGAUUUAUUACAGUGACGCCGAUAGGAGCUCUUUCUCAGGUUGAUGUGGAUUGUCAAAACUACUACAAAGAGUGGCUUCCCAAGAUUACAAACCAGCCAUAAUCUCCAUCCUUGUGAUGCCUCCAAAUGAGAAAUACAAAAGUCUUUUAAUAACUUGCCCAUUGGCUAUUGUGGACCACAAUUUGUGGUAGACCUAUUAUUAUAUGUCAGUACUAGUUGUUUAAUUUCUCCAUGCUCUUGUGCUUACUAUGCUGUGAGCAGCAAAA